CUGAGCUUGUAAUUCAUUCAGUUCUAGAAGUAGUCCAGACAACACGAACUAAACAGUCAAAAUGGCGUGGCAAUUAGUCUUACUGACUUUACUGAGUCUUGGAGCUGUUAAUUAUGCCAACCUAGAUUGUGUUUUGGACUUCCAAAACGACUUUGAUACCUCAAACCCGCUUCCAAUAAUCUUAAGGGAUAAUAAAUUAUUGAACCCGGACCCAAACACCUGCAGUGUCGUUUUGCCUGAGGGUUCAAAAAUUCUUAUUGGCUGCCCUGGGGAUACAAAUAGUAUCAUGUACAUGCAACCACAUGGAAGAAUCGAUACUGGGUUAAAGCAACUGGAAGCAUCUUGUAACGGUGGUAGUAACUUUAUAUCUAGCAACAGUUUACUAGACAGCUUCGCUUUAAAGGAAAUAUCUUGUAAAGAACAACCCAAAGUAACGGUUCGAAAAACGACGAAAUGUGGCAAAGAUAAUCAACAUCAAACUUACCAAUGCGGAUAUACUAUUGGAAACGUAUUUGUCUGGGCUUUCGAGUCUUGUUACGAUGAGAGGCUUUACAUCCCGUCUCAUGUAAAAUACGAGAUCAGGCCGCAUACUUGCACUCCUGCACCAACUGCUCCAUCAGGAAAUAUUCUAACUGGACUAUUGGAAGGUCUGCUUGGCAUAGUGUUGUAUAUAUUAAGCGCUGUGUUUAAUGUAUUGACCUCACUAGUUGCACAGAAGGCAAGGUUCAUAGAACUUUUCGGCACAGAACUUGCAGAUGUCUACCUACGCGAUGAUAACCUCGAGCCGUGCUAUUUAGCGAAUCCCUUUUACUUCGCCACUGUAGCCGAGCAAUCGGUCACUACUCAUUAUGUCAACUUGGCUCCCCAAUGGAAAUCUGUCACUGAGAGCUUGGAGAGUUUGCAACAAGGAGUGCAAAACUACGUAAACCAGGGCCAGAAUUCAUUGACGGUGUUCUCCGGCACUAUCGGUGUUCUCACGCUACCCACGAGCUUGGGCAGUUCCCGGGCCUUGUACCUGGUCACGUUUUUGGGCUCAAACGUGUGUCCAGUACCACAGUACUUCUACAAGGUGGUGAUAGCUGAUCAUGGACCUCUGGUAUUCCUCAUAUCAAAUUCUAUAGCCGCUGUGCCAAGUGGCGUACCGUUUUGCACUGAUUUGGGCAGCGACGCCCAUUCUGGUAUCAGCUGGAACCGUAAAAGAUCCUUUGACCUGUGCUGUGACUUCGAGGAAUUUCAGAAAAAAGUUAGCUAUUUACAAUUCUAACUACCUAAGUAUGCAUAAGUCAUUUAAACAAAAAAUCAUAAUCAAUCAUUUUACAUAUAAUUGAUGCUAUAUAAGUAUUUAUUCAUUAUAUUUUGUAUAAGUUCUUUGAAAUCCUUGUGAUGAUUUUGGUAUCUGUACAAAGUACACCAUUGUUAUAUAAAUUUAUUAAAAUAUGUAUUAUUUAUCAAUAUCAUUUUGUGUGCAAUAAAUAUAUGUUUUAUAAAAA